CCUUUCAGACAUUUCUUCCGGUCGUCCCCCUCGGUUGCUGACCGAUGGUACGGUCCCGUGCUAUCCGCACGUUCACACACCGUUUUGUGCACGGCGCCGGCAGCGAGAGGGGGGUCGGACGAGCCCCGUGAGAAGCUGCCUGCUCUCGGAAGGAGGAGGGAGAGGAAGCCCGCCUCGGGGACGACGCUCCGCAGUCGCUGUUAAUUAGCGCCGAGUUAUCUCCAGCUUGAAUGGCGAAGACGUGAGAUGUAACGUGUCUGUGGCGUUUGGAGGAUACCAGAUCUACAGAGAGCCGCGUCGGUCGUAACGAACGUUAACUAAUGGUCACUAGCAUGGAUGCUGAUGUGCCUCCUCCCCUAGGCCGGCCGGGGAAAGCGUGCUUUUUGACGAUUUUCUGGCAGUAACAAGACUCGUUUCUUUUUGGGAUUAAUCAUUUGUAUUUUAUUUGUUUAUAUUUAUUUUCUUCCUAUUGGAGCCGUUUGUUUUUUUGGGAGCCUCGCAGAGAGCGUCUGUUUGCAAGAUGACAGAGGGGAGGCGAUGUCAGGUCCAUCUCCUGGACGACAGGAAGCUGGAGCUCCUUGUACAGCCCAAGCUGAUGGCUAAGGACUUGCUGGACCUCGUGGCCUCGCACUUCAACCUCAAAGAGAAGGAGUACUUUGGAAUUGCAUACACGGACGAAACGGGCCAUUUUAGUUGGCUUCAGUUGGACCGCCGGGUAUUAGAACACGAUUUCCCCAAGAAGUCUGGUCCCAUUGUCCUCUACUUCUGUGUCAGGUUCUACAUAGAGAGUAUAUCUUACCUGAAGGACAAUGCCACUAUUGAGCUGUUUUUCCUGAAUGCCAAAUCCAUCAUCUUCAAGGAAAUUAUUGAAGUGGAAAGUGAUGUUGUCUUCGAACUGGCUUCUUUUAUUGUACAAGAGGCUAAAGGAGAUUUCACCAGUAUUGAUGCAACCAGGACUGACCUGAAAAAGCUGCCUGCGCUGCCCACCCAGGCCCUGAAGGAGCACCCAUCUCUGGCCUACUGUGAAGACCGUGUCAUAGAGCAUUACAAGAAGCUCACCGGGCAGUCCAGAGGGCAAGCUAUUGUAAAUUAUAUGAGCAUCAUAGAGUCUCUACCCACAUAUGGAGUACACUACUAUGGUGUUAAGGACAAGCAGGGGAUCCCAUGGUGGUUGGGUCUGAGCUAUAAAGGCAUCUUUCAGUACGACCACCAGGACAGAGUCAAACCCAGGAAGGUGUUCCAAUGGCGUCAGUUGGAGAACCUCUACUUCAGAGAGAAGAAGUUUUCAGUGGAAGUUCAUGACCCGAGAAGUAGGGCAUCGGUGACGAGAAGGACGUUUGGUCACAGUGGCAUUGCUGUGCAUACGUGGUACGCCUGUCCUGCCCUCAUCAAGUCCAUCUGGGCCAUGGCCAUCAGCCAACACCAGUUCUACCUGGACCGCAAGCAGAGCAAGUCUAAGAUCCAUGCAGCGCGGAGUUUGAGUGAGAUCGCGAUAGACCUCACAGAAACAGGAACUCUGAAGACCUCCAAACUGGCAAACAUGGGAAGCAAGGGCAAAAUUAUAAGUGGCAGCAGUGGCAGUCUACUCUCGUCAGGCUCUCAGGAAUCAGACAGCUCCCAGACAGCUAAGAAGGACAUGCUGGCAGCGCUGAGGGCUCGGCAGGAUGCUCUGGAGGAAACUCUAAAAAAGAGACUAGAGGAACUUAAGAGUAUCUGCAUCAGAGAGUCGGAAUUGACGGGGAAACUUCCAAAAGAAUAUCCUCUGGAUCCGGGAGAGGAGCCACCCACAGUCAGACGGAAGAUCGGUACCGCCUUCAAACUAGACGAGCAGAAGAUUAUUCCUGAGGGAGAGGAGGAGGAACUGGAGCGUUUGGAGCGGGAGUUUGCCAUUCAGUCCAAGAUUACAGAGGCAGCCAGGCGUCUUGCCAGUGAUCCUCACGUGGGCAGUAAGAAGCUGAAGAAACAGAGGAAGACUUCUUAUCUCAACGCGCUGAAGAAGCUCCAGGAAAUUGAGAACUCUAUCAAUGAGUACCGGGUCCGCUCUGGCAAGAAGCCUACGCAGAGGGCUUCGCUCAUCAUAGAGGAGGCCAACAUUGGUUCUGAAGACGGUUCUUUGUCUGACGCGCUGAUCUUGGAUGAUGAUGAUCCACAAGUUACAGGUACCCCCACCUUCUCUCCAGUAGCAUCGCCUCACAAGGGCCUCCCUCCUCGACCACCAUCUCACAGUCGACCCCCUCCACCUCAGUCCCUGGAUGGCCUGCGACACCUGCACUAUUCACGCCCUGACUACGAUAAAUCACCCAUCAAACCCAAAAUAUGGAGUGAAUCGUCACUGGAUGAGCCCUAUGAAAAAAUCAAGAAACGCUCCUCUCAUUCCAGGCGUUUCCCAAGCUCUGGCAGUGCAGACGCAGGGGGAAGUAACUCUCUGCAGAGCAGCCCCAUCAGGAGCCUCCCUCACUGGAAUUCUCAGUCCAGCAUGCCCUCAACCCCCGACCUGAAGACCAGGACCCCACACAACGUACAUUCCACUAGGUCAGUGGACAUCAGUCCCACACGUCUGCACAGUAUCGCUCAGCACUUUAGGAUCCGCAGCUCCAGCCUUGAGUCCCAGGGCAAACUGUUGGCGCCCGACCCUGACGCACACCCUCGGACCCUGGGCACGCUCGGCAGCCCUGACUACUUCCUGGUCCCAGGACGCAACUCCAAUGGCUCUGACCCACUGGACGACUGCUCAUCCUGCAACAGCCAGAGCAGCUCAGAGCAUUACUACCCGUCUGGUGGACCCCCCAGCAGCAACCCCAACUACUCCACUUUGGGAGAGGACUCACCCUCCAAAGCCAGGCAGAGACAGAGGCAAAGGCACAGGUCAGCAGGUCAGUUGGGUUCCUCCAACUCCGGCUCAAUGCCAAACCUGGCAGCUAAGAAUGGCUCCGGUGGCGGCUCGAGCGGAGGUGGGAUAGGAGGGGGACACCACGGAGUCUACCUCCACAGCCAGAGCCAGCCCUCCUCCCAGUACCGCAUCAAGGAGUACCCGCUCUACGUGGAGGGCAGCCCAAACCCUGUGGUGGUGCGCAGCCUGGAGAGCGAUCAGGAGGGCCACUACAGCGUCAAGGCCCAGUUCAAGACCUCCAGCUCCUACACGGCCGGAGGACUGUACAAGGAGGCGUGGGGGGGGGGGGAGGGGGGAGAGGGCAGCGGCCGACUCACGCCCUCGCGCUCUCAGAUUGUCAGGACUCCGUCAUUGGGGCGAGAGGGUGGUGGGAGCGGAGGAGGGGGGAGGAUAGCGGUGUCUGAAGAGCUGCGAUGCUGGUACCAGAGGUCCUCAGGGAGCCUGAAGGAGAGGAGUCACUCACAUUCGGGAUCUACUUCCUCCGAGACAGGGUCACAGCAAGGCACCCUGGGACAUAGUCGAGGGAGUCGAGUAGGGACACUCGCCAAGGGCUCACCAGCUGCAUCCCCGCGCAGCCAGAGGAGUUUGACGCCCUCCAGCGAACACGCAGCCACACCAACACCAACACCACCCUGUAGCCCACAGCAAGUCCUCAACUGGCAGAGCGGGUCGUUCAGUGACAGCUGUUUUCUCAGCAGCCCCUUGUGUUCAGAGCUGGCAGAUGUGCAGUGGUACGGACGUGACAAGGCCAAACCUGGAACCCUGGUCUGAGACCUUCCUAUCGGGCCCAGAAAAGUCCCACCGCCCUCUCCUCCUGCCUCUCCACUGUCCCUCACUGCUACCCAUCGACAACCAACAACCUCAUCCUUAAGGCCCUAAAAAACCCUGCCCUGAGCGGACUGGCCCACUGGACGUGAGCCUCCCUCCUUCCUGAAUCCUGCCCUGCAUCCAUCUCACCACCUCUUCAUUAUGCCCCCCUGUCACAGCUCAGCUGGACGGGGACACACUCGCUGGGCUCUGAUUGGGGCUGAUUUCCCAGGACAGACUGAGAAGUGCCACCUCAGCCGUCGAACUGUUGCCCGGCAGCACCACCGAGCCCGUUCUUUGCUCGCCCUCCACACACAGGCAAUGGGGCAAGGAGGGAACGAGCGAUGGGAAGAGAGCACAGAAGAAGAGAAAAACAACUCAAACUCAACAGAACCGGCGUCGGCCAUUCCAGGAUCUGUUUAAUAUCUCAUCUGUGGUCCCCGGACCUCACUGACUCCAGUGCACUGCCACCCAAUCAGAGGACACCUGCUGGAUUUGAGCCACCGGUUUAAAAGCCAUCUCCAGGCCCAGACAAACUGUGUUGGAUUUCACUAUUCCAUUCAUGUUGUUUAUCUUUUUUGUUGAUUUGUCCCCACAUAUUUAUAUUAAAAGAAGAUGACAAACCUUUCAGAAAUAUCCGGAUUAACAAACAUAUAGAUGACAAAUUCACCCCUCUCAGUUUAACCCACAACCAAAGACAACUUACUGGAUGGACUGGUCACACCAGGGUCCCGGGGCUGGUGCCAUACAACCAACUAUGAGAGGGAAUUCACAGUGACAAUAUCAGGAGGAUGUCAGGGACUCUGUCUGGGAUAUUGAUGAGGACUAUAGCAAUAACAAACAUUGUACAAUAUGAACCGGUUUGAGUCUCCAGAGUGAGUCACAGCAUUGUGCAGCGGACUCUGCGCUGCGAUACUUGGAGGAAAAGAUCAUUAGUGCGUCGUCAGUGAAUUGGGAGUCGUGGUUAUUGGGUUUGGCAUUAAUAUAUGCUUAUUUCAGUGACUUCAUUUUUUCAAGUACCGCAACAUUUCAUUUUGGCUGUAGUUCUGAUAUAUCGAAACCAGACAUUCUGAUCCCACUGGUUCACAGGUUUCAUUUUCGCCCCGGAAAGUAAAUGAUUUUUGUCUGUUGACAUUUGUUAUAAUUGCUUGUGGUUGGUGUUGAGCUGGUCCAUGAUAUAUCUCCACAGUGAACCAUCUCUGUUCUCACAAGUGUCUCUUCCUCCCUGUUGCUCUUGAUCCUGGACCUUUGGUAACACGGUGCUUGCUCGUCUUUCUGUCCACCUCGUCAACACGACAGGAGCAGCCUGACUGGACACAGACAGAGUGAACUCGAUGACGACGACGACACACACACACACACACACACACACACAAUGCAGUUACAACACAUGUUAUGGACACACAAGCAAGUAGAAACGUGCCAAACAUGUUGGUGCGUUACAUCUGUACUGUAGUUCAGCACUGGGACCUCCUUCAAGCUGCCAACAGCAAAGCCCCUCAGUCUAAAGCCAUCAUACAGACACUCAGACACAUACAGUAGAACUUAUUCCAAUGUUCCUUGAAAAGCACAACAUUAAUAACAGUGUAUAUGAAGGCUGGACCUACAAUUAGUGAAGUUUCCUUUCCCACUUUCAAUAUAUUAAUAAGGGGUUGUAUCAAAGUGCAUAAGAGGAAGGUAGAAACGCCAGAACCACGGAUACGGUUUUAUACGACAGUGCUCUUUCGAGGACAUCGGCGAAUUUUAAGUUCGGCAAUAUUUAAUCCCCACUGUCAAAGCAGAAGAGAAGCCAUAAGCAGAACUGAAACACACAGAUUUAGAUCAGGGUUAGAAAAGCACACCUGGUUUUGUAAGAAGGAAGUAGACGUCUGCAUGUUUUAUUUGUAUCUAAAUCAAUGUCCCCCAUCUUCCCCGAACCAGAGUCAAUCAUAUGUUGUAUCAUUGUUGCAAAAAAAAUCUGAAUUGCUGUUAAUUCACUCAGAUGAGGACAGAUUCUACAUCUCAGUGAUCCAGAGACGUGGUGGUGUUCAGUCUGAAUGUGCAACAUGUGUCAUGGUGGCAUGGGAGCAACGAGGUGCAUCGUAGUCUGUCUCAGUGUUGUGUUUCCUUCAUGCACUCACACCAGUAGUUGUAUUCUGCCGCUUUCUAGGCUAUUUAAAUAAGAAGGUUUAGUCCACUCCCUGCAUGGUUGGUUCUCCAAGAGUUACCCACCUAUGCCUGGUCAGAUUUGGUCAGUUUUUACCGAGGAUUGCAACCUGGCGACCUUAUUAGAGUGCGAGUCCUUACCCUGCUUUACUCACUCAAAGUUAGUGUGCCGAGGCACAAUCCCAUGCAUGUCCUGCAGAUCCACUGAAGAAAAAAAAACCCAGAGACAUCAGCACUCGUCUUCUAUAUGCUAACAUUAGCACAUCUUGCUCCAUUGUGUGCCCCAUCUCGACCUUGUGGUGAUCUCUGACCUCUGAGCCCGAUGUGAAGAUGUGUGACGUCCCUUCUCUCUCUAGCCCCAAACAUACCAGAUUUUCUGUGCUUCAUAGAAAUGUAUGAGGUUUUUUGUAAGAGAAAUGAACUAACUCUUUUAUCAGUCGUUUCUUGUGUGUACGGAGGGAGGCUGUAAGGUUUUGUGGGGUUUUUAACAAUCACAUUCAUUGUUUUACAAUGUUCCAUUUUAUAUGAACCAGUAUUGUUUUAGUUUGUUUAGUUCUGUAACAAUGCAUUCAGGUGCUUCAAAAUGAUCAGUUACUGCUUGGUCACGUAGGAUCUCGACAUCUUCAUCGCUAUCAAUAGAUUCCAUUUUCCAGAUGUGCAAAACAAAGCUUAUUUUAACAGACAGAUUAAUAGUAGAAGACACUUCCCCAACCAGACAAUAGAGCAUGUAACUUGAUUUUAUCAGUUCUGUUCAACUGUAACAAUACAUUAAAGGUGUUGUAGAAGAAAUGUGGAAUUGACAAAAAAAAAUUACUGAAUUCCACAGUUAAUUUAUUCUUUUUUUCUAUUAAAAUUUGUAUAGUAACUUUACAUUUUUCAAAACUGUGUUGUUGGAAAUUGAUGAUGCAUUUUCAAGAUGAGAAGCAAGUGUUGGUUCUUGAGAGUAAGAAAAAUAAAUUAUUGAUGAAUGUU